GUUUCCCUCCCGGUCACCUUGUCUCUUAUCUAUACUCCGGACGCCGUCCAUCGCUCCCAUCAUCCGCGGGGAGUAGCCGGGGUGGGCGAUCUAGAACCCUGAAGCCAUCCGACACAGUUCUCUUUUCUACCUCUGUCGUUGCGCACUCUAUUGUUAGAGGUGGUUCCAUUCACCCCACGCAUAACCUAGUCCUUCCUUUUCAGUUCCCAUCAUAUUUGUGUAUGGUCUUAUAGUUUCUGGGUUACACUUACAAUGUCCGCAGACCUCUUUGCAGAGUUUGGCAUGGGGUCCGCUCCUCCUCAACCCCAGAGGGAUUCACGCCAUCAAUAUGUUGGGCUUCAAUCGUCGUCUUUAAUCCCCGAUUUGGAUGCAUUUGAGGAUCCUUCCACCCGUUCUUCAUCGAAUCUGAACAAGUCUGCAGGAACGUCGUCUCAUAUCGGAACGAGCUGGAGUCAGUCAACUUUCGAAAGGCCGCAGACAUCAGAGCUGUCGCAGUAUGGACACGGAAAUGAUGAUGUAUUAUUUGAUGCCACCCUUGAAAGCGUCCCAGACGAUGAGAGCGAUGACUGGGGUGAGUUUGAGACUGCGGACGUGCCCACCAUGAAGGAAACACCACGAGUUGUGCUACAGCCCCAUGCUGCUGUGAAAGAACGCAGAGCCAGGCCGGCUUCUUCGAAACGCACUACAGUAGACUCGACGCCUGUGAAUUUGCUAGAUUCAUUAUCGAUCCAUGACAAUGUACCUUUCUCUGGGAGCAAGCCCACUGCGACUCCGAAACCGACGGUUCCUAAAGCACGCCGAAAAGAUCCGCCAAAUGUCCCAUCGCCUCUUCCUACUCAAGACGACCCAUUUGAGGAAUGGGGCGACUUCGUCGAUGGGCCAGCGUCCAGCCAAACAGGUGCCCCAAGUACUGCAGCUCCAGCCGCCCACCGGCCUCUUGAGAAUGGAAAAAAUGUCCCUGGAAACAUCAAGGCCUCUGCAGGAUCAACAGGUGCUUUUCAGACAGCCACCCACCCUACAACAGCAGCUCAAGUCCGUCCAACGAAUAUACCUCCACCAUCUGUCUUGCUUGAGCUAUUUCCUCAGCUACUGGAUGAACUGCGACAAGAGGCGACGAAAGCAAGAAAGGACAUGCAGCAGAAAGACCAGCUCGAAAACGCUGCAAGUCUGAUCAUCUGCACCUUGAAGACUGCAGCACGAGUUGUUGCUGGUAGAACACUGCGGUGGAAACGGGACUCCAUACUGAGUCAGAGCAUGAGGAUUGGCCCGGCCCGCUCAGGUAAAUCAGGAGGCAUGAAACUCAAUACAGUAAACAAGAAUGAGGAUAUUAAGGAACAACAAGAAGCCGUCGACGUGCUCACUAUGUGGCGCGACCGGACGGCGCUCUUUAAUUCCAUCAUCCAAGCGGCCGGAAGAUCUCCAGUCCAGGUUAUACCGGAGAAUAUUCGGGUAAUGGCAUUUACUACUAAUCAAGGAGCGCUCAAGGCGCCCCAUGCGUGUGCCCUGUGCGGCCUGAAACGGGACGAGAGGUUGCCCCGGGUGGAUGGGGAUGUGGAGGAUAGCUUUGGGGAGUGGUGGACGGACCACUGGGGCCAUACCGAAUGCCGACAGUUUUGGGAAAAGAACCGGAGCCUGCUCGGCCAAAGGUAGAGCAUUCCGCGUGGGCCAGCAAGAAGGGCAAAAUAGCAUCCGGCCCAGUUGUCAGCUGACAUGAUUGAUCACACCGGAGGCAGGGAAUACGAUGUUGACCAUCCUGCAUGAUACCUGUCUACCGGACUUGAAAGCAUUGCGACGGAGAAAAACUAGGCUGGCAGCAUUCUACCCCUAACCGCUUGAUGACUUGGUCAUCUGCCAGACCAUGGGCCAUUGCUGUAUAUACUGGUGACAUGGGGGUCUUCUGAACAUAUGGUUACCCAUAGGAUACCGAAUAGAUAGAUAUCAAUACCGUGCAUGACCGAUAA